UUAACAGGACUUGGGGUGGCUAAAGUCCUAGAAUCUGGACCCCCUGAUUAUAAGAAAGGUGAUUUAAUAUACGGUUCUACUAUAUGGGAAGAUUAUAGCUUGGUCCCCUCAACUCAAAUACAUUUAAAAAUUGAGCACAUGGAUGUCCCACUUUCCUACUACACUGGAAUUCUUGGUAUGCCAGGAAUGACUGCGUAUUUGGGUAUUUUUGAAGUAAUUUCUCUCAAGAGAGGAGAGAAUGUUUUUGUUUCAGCUGCCUCUGGUGCUGUUGGUCAACUUGUUGGACAAUUUGCUAAAUUGUCAGGUUGUUAUGUCGUUGGAAGUGCUGGAACUAAAGAAAAGGUGGAUUUAUUGAAGAAUAAAUUUGGAUUUGAUGGAGGUAUUAACUACAAGGAAGAGCCUGACCUCAAUGAAGCUUUGAAAAGGCACUUUCCAGAAGGCAUUGACGUUUACUUCGAGAAUGUCGGGGGCAAGACACUUGAUGUCGUACUCCUGAAUAUGAGAAUCCAUGGCCGCAUACCCGUAUGUGGAAUGAUCUCACAGUAUAAUCUUUCUCAACCUGAAGGUCUAACAAACUUGACAUCUUUCAUAUAUAAGCGGAUUCGUAUGCAGGGUUUUGUUGUAGCUGAUUUCUAUCACCUAUAUCCCAAAUUCCUGGAGUUUGUCCUGCCUCUUAUAAGAGAAGGGAAGAUUGAGUAUGUUGCAGACAUAGCUGAGGGUCUUUGUAGCGUUCUUGAGAAUGGCCCUGCAGCAUUGGUUGGCCUUUUUAGUGGUCGAAAUGUUGGAAAACAAGUGCUUGUUGUUGCUCGUGAAUAACAGCAUUUGCUUUUUCUAUACAUUGUUAUGUUAUCAGUUUUUGUUCUGAUUUUUGGUUGAAAAUGUAGCAACAUUUUAUA